UGCGCUCCCACCUCCGAACCGUGGUAGAUAAUCACAGACCGCUGAGAGAGGGGCACCCGUUCCGCUGAUUUUUGCCGCAGUUUACGCGGGGAUGUGCUUUUAUUUCACUGAAAGGGUCAAGAUCUGAAUCGUGUUUUCAUUUUGCAACUUUUUCUUGGGGGGGGUUUGGUUUUAUGGGCGCAGAGGAACCGAGACUUUUCUUGUGCAACUCCAAGAUGACUGGAGUUUUUGAGAACCUAAAUACUGAUAUGCAUUCGAACCAGAUUACCUCAAACAGUUACCACAGCUUGCACAAAUCGCAGGAGUCCCCGACUCUGCCCGUGUCCACGGCCACGGACAGCAGCUAUUACAACAGCCAGCAGCCCGGACACUUCGGCCAGCUCGGGUCCUACCAGUACCACGGCAGCACCACCAACUCACUGCCAUACAACACCAAGUCCUACGACCUUGGUUUCAACUCCACUUAUGGUGCAUAUUCCUACGGCUCCACCUCUUCUCCUACUCCAGCCGACACUGAGAAAGAGGAGAGCGAGCCAGAAAUCCGGAUGGUGAAUGGAAAACCAAAGAAGGUCAGGAAACCUCGAACCAUUUAUUCCAGCUUCCAACUGGCUGCACUUCAACGGAGGUUUCAAAAGACACAGUAUUUGGCUCUACCAGAACGGGCCGAGCUGGCAGCCUCGCUGGGCCUUACGCAAACACAGGUCAAAAUCUGGUUCCAAAACCGCCGCUCCAAGUUCAAGAAGCAGUGGAAAAGUGGAGAAAUCCCCCCAGAGCAGCACGUCGCUUCCAGUGAAUCUCCGCCGUGCGCGUCUCCGCCAACUACUGCCUGGGACUUUCCACAGACUCCAAGAAUGAACAGCGUCAGCUCUAGUUUACCUCAGAGCAGCAGUCCCACAAACACGACUGCGCCCUCAUCGUUUUUGGCAAACUACUCCUGGUACUCGAACUCUACGACGCAUCUGCAGCCUUUGGUUCAGCAUCACCACAACUCCAUCAGCGCUGGGACGAUAUUCUGAAAUUUGAUUUAAAAAUAAAAAAUAAAGGAAAGAAAGAAAGAAAGAAGACAAAAACAUUGGGUUCAAAUCGGAAAAUACUGGUAAAAAAAAAACACUUAAAUGCCAAUACUUUCAUUUUAAAGACUUGUGCAUUUACACGCAUAAUUUAGGAAAACAUUGAUGGAGAAAGGUUCUUGGAUUUUGUUGCGUUGGCAAAUGAUAGUAACAGAUUUCUACAGUUAUUUUUGUAUUUAUUUAUUUUGUUUGAUGAAUGAACCACUAUUACCCAAAGCAAUCACAGCCUGGGCGAAAGCCCACCUUUAUGCGGACGUCACUUUUUUUUGUCAAUAUUGCAAAAUGAAACAUUGACAGUUAAGACAACCUGACACAAAUGUAGCACAAGUUAACUGUAUCGUGCCUUUUUCAAUAUGACCUCAUUUUGUCAUGCGAAAAAAAACCUGCUUACCUUUACUCAUUCUUUAUGUUAGUUGAUUUGAAUACAUUUGGGGGUAGGCUUAGUGUCUGGGUCCACGUUGUAAAUAUUUUUCCACAGCUUUUUGGUAGCCAAUGUUGCUUUCGAUUUAUUUUUUUUUUAAAGGCUAUUGGUGCAAAUCCUUUAACCACCGUAUGCUACUGAUUGUUCUACCCUCUGAGUUACUUGUAUUUUUUUUUUAUUAUUAUUGUAUUUUUGUCUUAUUUAUUUUAGCAGUGUUCCAGACAAGCUGUGGCCAGACGUUAUUUAAAUAAAAUGUUUUCUGUGAAUUUGCAUCUGAUUUUUUAUUUGGUCAAGAGCAAUUUGUGGGGAUCCUGCAUAGCUCAGUGGGUUGAGCGCAUGCCAUCUCAUGCAGUGUCCCGGCAUAGCGCACCUUGCUGUGUGUUGCCACCCGUUUCCU